GUCAAUGAUAAAGGCCCAUUAUAUGCAACAUGGCACGAUGUAAACUUCAAACUAGCAUACAUCCAUAGAAGUGCAGCUUCCUGCUCCCUGAACCUUUGUGACUCAUGGUUCCUGAGAGAAAAUAUAUAAACGCGCCUUGAUGCAGAUGUUGUGAUUUCAACCCAAACAUACAAAUAGCAAAUCAAAACAAAUACCGCCCAUAGGUCUAACCACAACCAUAAAUAAGUACAACCACAACCACCAUAACAACAAUAACAAGUCAUCAACAUUGAUAUGUCGGAUCCUUAUGCCAUACUUGGGGUGCAUCGUAGUGCCAAUAACGCUGAUAUUACAUCUGCAUUCCGACAACUGAGUCUGAGAUACCAUCCAGAUAGGAAAGACGUCUCUGCCGAGGCGAAUCACGAUAAAUUCAUUCUGUUGAAAGAAGCAUACGAUAUUCUCAUUGAUCCAAACCGAAGACGCAACUACGACAACCAGCUUCCUCUACAAACUAACCAGGGACGAGGUUACUCAGGCCCAGGGACCAACUAUAGUAACACGCAAAGAGGGGAAAAUACCCGCCAACCUCACGGCAUGACGAAGUUGAAGAACCUCAAGGAGCCGUUUGAGGUUCUUUGGCGCAAUUACCAGGCAUUUCGAUACCUACCUCUGGAGAACUCAGCAUUCUGGAAGGCUAAUAAAAUUAGUGGCCCAAGCCAUAAUUCGUUUUCGAAACUCGAGCAUAUCCUACUUAAGACAGAGGACGAGUGGUCAACCCUAGAGAGUCGAAUCGAAUUUGCAAGUUUGGGGCCGAAUGGGAUGGUUACCAGCAAGACUAUACUCAUGUCUGAGUACUCUAGACUCGAAAAAAGGAUUGCGGAUAUGAACCAGUCUAUAUCUCAGAUCCUUUACACUUAUGAUAUGCUGCUUUCUGAUAGCCGAAUAGAAACGGAGUGGGAACGGUUACUAGGCCUCUAUUUACAAUGGUGUCGUUCGGGUAUAGAGGUUUUGAGCCUCUAACAGCCGCGCUUCGCCAUAUAUUUGUUUCCCUUCCGGGUAGACUAUCUACUGGAUUGGCGUGCAAACGAAGAUUUGGGUUCGAUUUCUAUUAGGCCUGUCA